AUGACGCUGCGAGCGCUCUCUGGACUUCUUGCUCUGCCUGCAACCUUUCUGCUGCUGCGGCUGCUGCUAACCGGCCCAGCGGCCGCGCACGAACUGGAGAUAGUACACGAUUUCUGGUCCAGCGUGGGUCGCGUCCGCAGCGGACAGGUGGAGCUCCUCCUCGCCAUCAAACAGACGAACGUGGACUGGCUAGAGCAGAAACUGUGGGCCGUAUCCUACCCUGACUCCCCCGAAUACGGGCAGUACGUAAAUUUCGACGGGAUAGCCGAGGUCGUGCACGGAAGACCCAAAUCUGUACGUGCAGUCGUAGAUGCGUUUGCAAAGGUUGGGGUUGGAGAGGAUAAGAUAGAUUUCACCCUUGGCCGUGAUUUCGCUGUCGUGGUGGCGCCAAUUUCAGCAGUGGAAGAGCUGUUUUCUGCAGAAUUCUACCUCUUUGAGCACGUCGAAGAUCCCAAUAACAAAAUUGUGAAAUCGCUCACUUACGAGCUGCCCCAAGCUCUGGUUGGCCACCUCGAUUUCGUUUCGGGGAUUUCAAAUUUCCCACGUCAGAACAGAGUAUCGCCUCGCAGGCACCACCAGAGUUUCACAUCCACAAAACUUGGAACUGACCCGGAUACGAUUGCGAAGAAUUACAACAUUUCUUACGUGGCGUCGAACCCGGGAAAUUCCCAGGCAGUGGCCUCCUUUCUAAAGCAGUACUUUAGUCCGAGUGACCUGAGCCGGUUUCAAGAGCAGUACAACAUACAGUCCAACCCCAUUGCCAAAACCGAGGGAGAAAACGACCAAAACGACCCGGGAAUCGAGGCAGAUCUAGACGUCGAAUACAUCACUGCUACGGGAAGAAACGUGACCACUUGGUUUGUGUCCAUCUCCCGGACCGCCAACAAAAACCAGGAGGACUUUCUCUACUGGGUCCAACAGCAGAUUAACGACACAAGCUCACCGUGGGUCCACUCGAUCAGCUACGGCGACUACGAAAUGUCGAUUCCGACCGACUACCAAAACCGGACGGAUAUCGAGUUUAUGAAAUUUGGCGUGUCGGGGCGAUCAAUCCUGAUAGCAUCCGGUGACGAAGGGGUACACUGCAGGAAGAGGAAGUACAUUCCUGAAUGGCCGACGUGUAGUCCUUACGUCACUUCAGUCGGCGGUACUGAGAGCUUAGACCAAGUGUGGAUCGAUGGUGGCGGUGGAUUCUCCGAUACUUUCCCCAUGCCCGACUAUCAGAAAGAAGUGGUCGAGGCUUACUUGAACAGUGGAAAGACGCCACCCGCGAAAUACUUCAACAAGACCGGACGCGGGUACCCUGACGUGAGUGCGUAUGCGGUGAAUUUCGUCAUCGUUUACGACGGCAGCGGUACAGUUGUCGACGGUACCAGUUGUGCAACACCCACGUUUGCCGGGGUAGUUUCGUGCUUGAACGACGUUCGACUCAACAAUGGGAAGAGCACGCUGGGCUUUCUCAAUCCCCUGCUCUACCAGACACUAAAGGGAAAGGGGUUUUUCGACAUCACUAAAGGGAGUAACAGCGGAGGCGGGUCGUGUCCCGGAUUCGAGGCAAUCGAGGGGUGGGACCCAGCUUCAGGAUGGGGCAGCCCGAAUUUUGGCCUGUUGAGCGAUCUAGUCCUCGACCUUUGA